GGCCUUGAAAUCAGAAGUAGGUUAUCAAUUAUCGCAGAACACAGGAGCUCUGCAUGUUGUAUAACGAACGAGAUUAAUUCUUAUGGAUUUCAGUAAUACAUAGAUUCUGCAAACAGAUAUAUUAAUGGCACGGACAGACAAACAACAGGUUAAAUGGAGCUACCUUGAGUGCACAUAGCAUUUGUUUGAUUGGACUUAAGAACAAUGACCGACUGUAGCGAGAAACUUAAGGAAAAAGAUUUCCAAAACUGGCUUAAAGCUGCUCUCGCGGUCAGUAUUGCAAAGAAAGGAAUUGAGCCGUACGUGUCUAAUAUUAUAACGGAAUUCCACCAGAAUGCAUUAGAGGAUAUUCUGUCCUCUAAAGAAUUCAAAGAUGAAGCGUUAUGUACUGCAUGUACGAAUAACAGUUUGCUACCUACCACAAACAAAGCUAAACACAACAAAGGUCAAGACACUCUUCCCAAGUGCCAGAAGCACGUUUGCGAUCGACUAAGAACAAAAAUAGUUAUAAGUCAUGCUUACCAAGAUCCUUCUUGGAGAAACAACCGGGUUGAAAAAUGGUGCCACUGUCCGUGGGAGAUAGCAAAAUGCUAUAUGCCACCGGACGGUUACAAGACGGCAAGUUCUGGUUCAGACACAGACUUGAAUGGAAUUCUUAGCGUAAUGAUGAACCACCUAGAAUUCACAAACGACAAAGACGAAUGUCAAAAGGCCAGGGACGUUACUAACAGGAUGAGACAUUCUCCAAACUUGUCAAUGAAUGAACAGGAACUGGAAGAUCACCUCAAAGUGCUCAUCACCUUUCUAGAUUGUGAAACAUAUCUAGAAAACAAUCCAGCAGCUGUCGCAGCUCUAAGUAACAUUAAGAAGCUUAAAGAAGCUAAGCUUACUAUUUCAACUGAUGACAUUACAGAAGUUCUUAAAACGUAUGUUAAAGAUGAAAUUGAAGAAAGCACACGAAGGUCAUUAGAUGAUAUAGACCAGGAAAGAAGGCGAUGUCUUGAAAAAAUCAUCGAGGAGAUAAAUAAUCUUCACUCAACAAAAAGUGAAAGUUUGGACAAAAUCUUGACCGCAAGGAAAGAAGCAUUACACGAUAUAGACGAAGCUAAAGCAUCUUCUAUUGAUGAAUUGAAACGAACCAAAUUGUCUUCGAUUGAUGAAAUUAAUCAGUGUAGGCAAACGACAAGAGCUACCAGCACCGAAGAGAGUUAUGAAACAUUAAAACACGACUUGAAGGAAGAUCUCUUAAUUUUCAACAAUAAACUUUACACUACUAUCCCGCUUUCACCUUUGUUCGAGAAAAAAGACACACCACUUGUUGGGUUCUACGUUCAACCAACCAUCAACUGCGUUCAAUAUCCGUGGAAUGAAAGUCAUCGGUCAGAUAUUAAAACAGAAAUUAACUGCCUUAGUGAUAUUUUCAAAACAAAACGAAGAAAUGAAAUAUACGUGACAUCAAAGGCUGGUCUAGGAAAGACUGUGUUCUGUAAACGAUUAGCUGUGGCAUGGUGCCAUGCCCACGGAGAAAGAACGAUUGAAACAACAUUUGAAACAGAAGAAGAUCUUGAAAUGAUGCGAGAUUUUGAUUUUACAUUCAUUUUGCCAUUACGCGAAGCACGUAGCUCCGACUGCGACGUAGACAAAAUGAUUCAGCACCAGAUAAUUAGACACUUAGCCCGGUCACAGCGUUAUAAAUUAGAUUUUCUACAAGAUAUACUUACAAAGGAACGUUGCUUGAUCAUAUUGGAUGGAUUAGACGAAUGGACUCAUCCAAAAGGGAAAUCAUGCAAAACUUUGAAUGACAUUCCCCACAGAAAGGCACGGCAAAAUUGCACUAUUUUGACAACUACAAGAACUUGGAAAUUCAGUUUAUUGUCUUUAAGCACAAACCAAAUCGACAAUCUCGUUCAAAUAACUGGACUUGGAGAGAAAGCAGCAGAACAGUUAAUUGACAAUGCUGUCUCGAAAUUCAGUUCUGACAACAUUCCUGAUAGUAAAAGAAGCAUAAAAGAUUUUCAUCAUAAAUUGCAGGAAAACAGUAUUAAUAAAUUCAAAAGUGUGCCUUUGAUUUUGAUACAUCUAAUUUGCCUAUGGCACAAACAUCAAACAAUCGGGGAAUCUUACUGCGAGAUAUUCAGCAACAUCAUAGGGCUUCAUUUAAAUAGAGCUCAAAUUAGGUCAAAGGACACCGAAUAUCCAGAUAUUAAAAAGAGGAAAGUCGAUAUACCAAAAUGCAUCCAAAUUAAUAAAUAUUGUGGAGCAUUUCACGAAGUGCUGAAAUCACUAGGACAGUUGGCUUUUCACACGUUCUUUCACCAAGAUAGAGAAAACUCACUGGUGUUUGAUAUCGAAACUGCAAAACAGUAUCUCGGACAACAUUUUGAAUUCUGUCUGUCUACUGGACUGUUAACACAGAAUAAAGGUGUAGAAAAUGACUUUUUCGGAAACGUUCCCAGAGUCUCUUUUGCACAUAAAACGUUUCAAGAGUUUUUUGCUGCUCUGCAUGUGUGCACCAUGGUUGACGAUCCAACCGAAAUUAGGCCAGUUAUAGAAAUAUGUAGCACUGUUAAAGAUAUUCUUUCAGUGUCAAAUUUCUUUAUAUUUCUGAAUGGUAUGUGUCCCGACAAAGCCAGAACAUUGUCCUUUACGUUUUAUCGUGUUAUCUCUAGCUCUGAUACCGUUACAGGAUACAGAAGCGACAUGGGAUCUUGGAAUUACUUUGUGGGCUACAAUGAGACAAUAAAACGAAUCCAAAGCCUGUUUGUAGACUGUGUGAAUGAAAGUAUUGACAAUGGACAUACACCAGUAGAAUUUCAGAUUGAAGACAUUAUAAUCGACUCCGACUUCCAAACAGAAAGCUAUUCAAAAGUCCUGAAACCAAUACUGGAAACAAACGGCAAAGAUGUAAAAUCAGUUAAAAUCCGGGAAGUGAAAACGAAAGUCGAGUUCUCUGAUAUAGUACAAUUGCUAAGGAAAAAUGGUCGUGCUGCUUUAGAAAAACUUGAUUUGAAAUGUGAAAUCUGUGAUGAGAGUCUAGAGUUCCUUCUGCAAGAAUCAGUGCAGUCUUUGAAAUGCUUCAUUAUGAAAGGUGGUCAAUGGUUGGGCAACAUUUGGUCACAUAGUCAUGUUAGGCUCUCCAAUAAAAGUAUUCAGAUCAUAUGGGGCAUGAAGCAACUGGAAGAACUGUAUCUCAGGAACAUUGAAAUGACUCAUGGUCAAUUCGACCAUCUCCUCGGUUUUGUCUCUGGAAGUACGAACAUGAGACACAUAGGUCUGGGAUUCAUAAAGUGCCAAAAGCAUGAUGAUUAUUGCAGUGAUACCAAAUUAGACCUUUCGAAUCAUUCACAACUCCGAAUGAUUGAAAUUGGAAGUAUUCCCAUCUCGGAAGUACAGAUCAAUACGCGCUCUUUAGAAGUAUGCUACGUUGGCAGCUUUGCAAAAAGUGUUGUGUUGUCGAAAGUACUAACCUUCCUGUCGACUGCGCCAAAACUACAUGUCUUUUGCUGCGGUUUUCUAACUUCCCAAACAGACAUAGAGAAGAUGCUGGAAACAAUCACACAUCUACAUAACUUACAACAUAUUUGGCUGGUAAAUAUGGACUUAGGGUGCAAGACAUUUCGACUGAGCCCGAAAUUAGAAAGCAUUGAAAAUGUUUUUAUGAUCAGGAUUCAGAUGAGUAUAAAGGCUCUAAAGAAACUUGUAGAGGAAGUGCAGCAGAUUAAGAGGACUGUAAGGGUUGGGCUAUUUGACUGUAUGGUUGAACAUCAUGAAGACUAUGAACGGGAAAUACGUAGUCUAAAGUUAUCAAAUACUGUUCACGUAAUACAGGAUGAGACAAAGAGUCAGAAAGACUUCAUAUUCAAAACACUAGGUUAAAGAUAAAAGGCCUUAGGCUUUACACAGCUGGAUUAUGAAAUAAACGAAAGGAGAUGUAAAUUUAAGAACGAUUGCAAUGUGAAUCUUGUAUGAAGGAAAUAAGAGUGGUGUAUGAAAGAUAAAUGAACUUUUGAUAUACAGACAUAGACAUGGAUACAAUAUUCCGUCAUUGAAAAUGCCCUCGAAAAGAGAUGGGCCGUCUAAAUUUGAAGGUUAUAUAGCGGCAAAGUUCUGACUUCAGUCAAAUAGUUAUUGACAUAAUUUUGUUCUUAUUGAUAUAAUAAUGUGUCAAUACAUUUUAUGAAAAUGAAA